UUUAAUCUACACGUAAAGUUAUUUAACACUAGUGUAGUUUACAUAAUGGACUUCAAUGGGAAAGUGGCUUUGAUUACAGGCUCGUCUUCGGGUAUCGGCGAAGCGAUUGCCAUAAAGUUGUGGUCUUUGGGCGCAAAUGUAGUCAUCACUGGAAGGGAUGACAAACGUAUUGCUCAAGUGGUCGACAAAUGCCAGACGCGGGACAAUCAGAGAGCACUCGGAGUGAGGGCUGACUUAUUGGUGGACAAAGACAUCGAGGAAUUGGUGGCGAAGACUAUCAAAGAGUUCGGCAAAAUUAAUAUUCUGGUCAAUAAUAGCACCGCCGGAGGCUUUGCCAUCGUGCCAUUUGGUGAACCGGGCUAUUUGAACAUGUACGAUAUGCAAAUGAACGGCGAAUUACGCGCAAUUCAAGUGGUGACACAAUUAGCGUUACCGCACCUGGAGUUGACCAAGGGCAAUAUUGUUAAUAUAUCAAGCAUUGGCAGUAUUGUUCCGAAUAUUGAAAAUCCGCCCUUCUGUAUGGCCAAAAGUGGCUUGGACAUGUUCACUAAAUGCAUGGCCAUAUACCUCGGACCAAAAGGCGUCCGGGUGAAUAGUGUAAAUCCGUCGGCCACAAAGACUCCGGUUUUCGAGAGACGGACUGGAAGUACAAAAUUGUUGGAAUCUCUGGUCACUCACUGCCGGGAGACGUAUCCUUUGGGCCGAAUCGGCGAACCGCAAGACAUGGCCGAAGCGGUGGCCUUCUUGGCCUCCGAGCGCAGCGCGUCGUUCAUCACUGGCCUUAUAAUGCCUGUCGACGGCGGGGCUCUACUCGUGGCCUAGAUUUCAACCAUCAGUUGAUUAAAUCAAAUAAUGUGCGAUUUGCUUUAAAAACUAUUUAAAAAAACUUGAACAAUUCAUGA